GGAAAGUUCGGAUUCGAUUCCUACUGUAGGAAUUUUAAGGACGUCUAAAAAGGAAUUUUGUAAUAGUCACAACCUCGUGAGUAGGCUUUCAAUUUAACCGGUUGUCGAACUAAAAACAGGAAACUUAUCCAAUUGAACUUUAGACUUAUAAAGUAUUUCAAUUGAAUUGCCAAGUAUUUCAGCUGUAGACAAGUUCAAGGAAAAAUAGUAAAAGUAUGGAGACCAUGCCAGAAAUGAAAACUGUUCUUUGUUACAAAAUUUAGAUUAAUGAAGAAAGAAAAUGUUGAUGAAUAGUUUAACGAGCUGCCGGUGUUUGAAUUUUCGUAACAGCUUUGAGAAAAUGAACGACGAUUAUAAGGCUGAUAUUUUUGCAGUGAAAGAGCACAGAAGAAGGGUUGAUAAUACUAUUCAUUGCAUAAUUUUUCAUGGGUCAAACAAGAAAUAAAUUUGCGUGCUUUUUUUAAAAGAUUUCAAUUGAUGUGAAGAAUUUGUCAUUGUGUGGGUCACCCUUUGAAGUGUGGCCAGAAAAAAGAACGAAAGAUUGAUUGUUUUGGAAAUUUGACAUUCGUUACGUUAGUAAUUAUGGGUAAUUACUUUGCCACUGUGCCAAAGUACAUAGGGAAUAGUUUUCUUACCACAACUCAUUUAGCAGACAGUGUGGAUAUGAAUGUGUUUCCAACUAAAGACCCGAGAAUGGAGUUAAAUUUUGAUGAACAUUGGAAUGAUGGAAAUAUCUUAACAGUGGAUGACCGAUUCAGCGAUACUCCAUUGAAGGAAGAUUCAAUUAUAGCAAAGCUAUGGUGUAAAUUUCAAAGCCUUUUUCAUAUGCCAUAUGUCUGUAAUCUUUUGGAAAGAAUACAACAAUAUAAUACUUUAUUUGAAUCUACCAAGUCUUCAGAAAGCCUUGAAGAAGUCAUUGUAGAAUCUCAAACAUCGGAAAGAGAGACUAAAAGACAGAUAUCUUUUAAGGAACCAUCUUUUCAAAAUGUCGUCUUUGAAUGUAAGCAAAAGAAAUCUGCUGUAAUUUUUUCCACAAACCUUCUGCUUCAUAAUGUGAAAAUGGUACAACCAACUUUUUUUCACUCGCUGGCAAAUGAUUUUAUCAUAACAGAUAGUAAAGAAAUAAUUCAUAAUGAACGUGAAUGCUUCAACUUAAAGUUAGCAAAAGAUCAUCUUCAACUCAAUAAUGAUUGUCUUAAUCCAAAUCGUGUAUUUCAAAGAUUAGAUAGUGGUAUAGAAGAUAUUUCUAAUGGCGAUAAAAGUUCGCAUGAUACUUGCACCUUUGACUUAAUAGACACCACUCGCGAAUCGUCAUCUUUGUUGAAGAAAGUUUGCAUUGUGAUAUUAGGAGGAAGUUUCCUCGAAACUCUCGUGAAAACGCAUCUAUAGAUAUGAGUAAAUCAUGUUUCCGUUUAAAACCCGUUUCGUUUUUCAUUGACAUACGCGAGCCCUUCGAGCAAAAGCCUUUAACAGACGACUACAAAUUUUAUCAUAUGAUAGUAAACGCAGCGAUUCCGUGUUCAGCGAACAGUUCUCGUUAGACAGCUGUUCAGAUGACAGCGACGACGAUUUUAUUGUAUUUGAGGAGCACGUUUGUGCGAAUAAUUGCAGCAAUGGUUUUAUUGUGGAAAUUACAACGCCGUAUAAAACGUCAUGUUACUGUACGUUAUAACGAUGGGUCGUCUAAAUGUGAACUUUCCUCAUCUUUCAUGAAUGAAAAUCAAAAUGGCAAAAAGCAAAAGAAUGCCGAACAAUGUCAUGUAAUGACUGAAAAUAACAGUGUGUUCACAAGAACUAGGAGUAAGAAAGGUACCUUUCCUACACAUGUUUCUGAAUUAUUAAAAGAUCAUGCACAUAGUAAACAUAACAUAGAACCUACAAUGGAUCUCAACUAUCACCUAAGUUCUCAAGAUUGCCUUCAUAACGUAUUUACGAACGUCAACUUGGAAUCUGCAAGUAGUUGUGUGGAUUUUAAACAUACUUGGCAAAACUCGUUAUGUUAUACUCAAACCAAUCGUGAUGAAAAAUUUAAUUUUAAGAAACUUCAUUCAAAUGAUAAAAUAAUUAGAACAUCUUUCAGCCAAUCAAAAAAUCUGUGUCACGCCACGUCACCAAGAAAACAAUCAAAGCGAGUUUCUUUUCAAAAAGAUGAUAAUCUAGCUGUUGUUCAUGUUAUGAGAUGCUGGGAUUUCGCUUAUCGCAAGGCGCGCAAAGGAAAAUGGGAACAAUUUGCUGUUGAUCGAUUGCGAUUUAAGCGUCGCAUCCAAGAAUUUGAAAGAACUUUUAGUCCGUUUUAAAACGAAAAUUCUUUCUAUACAAGCAAAUAAUAAUUAAAACACUUUGUUUACUCGUGAAAUAUUUUCCUGAUUUUGGGACUUAUGCAUCUUUUCUUUUCAAUCUAAUACAUCGUAUCCUCAAAUUACGCUUUUCAAAAUUAACAUUUACCUUUUAAGAUAUGCGCGAGUUUGCAAUAUGACAACUAUAUUUAUAAUAUGGACGAAACUGCUGGACUAAACUCUUAACUUUUCAUUAAUUUUGCAUGAAAGAAAGAAUUCAAAUCAGCUGUAAAAAUGAAAAACAACGUGAGAGCGGAUCUAUUUUCAUACAGAACAUUCACCUCUGUCUUCCUUAAACUAAACCAGUGCUUGUAGUUUUCUAAAAAUACACAAUGUACUGUAGCUUUAUCACUUAUUUUUAGAUUAAAAAUUGAUUAGAAGCAGUUUGGAUAAUUAUUAUAUACAUUUCAUGCGAAUGGCAGGUUAUUGAGCUGCUAUAUAUUCUUCUCGAGUUAAGUAUUCUCCAAAUAGUAACAUACCUUCAAAUAAGCAAUGCUUACGUUAACUACAAGUGAAAAUCUCAGAAGUGAGAGGAAUAAUUAUAGAAAUUUGAUUAUCAACUAUAUAUACGAAGAUAUUACUAAGUUGGUUUUUUCAAAUUUUGAUUUGGCCCGUUGCGAUCCUCAUCGACUGUGUUUACGUCGUAAUGUUGCAAGUUUUUUGCGAUAAAAAUUGACUCAUGACUGAAAUUCAGAGCAGAAGAAAAAGCGGUAUACCAAUGUUAAAUAUGAGUACUUAAAGCUGCUACUGAGCAGGUUAUUCUGUGUCUAAAUGGCUUUUUCUCUUUUUGCAAAGGAGUUGCUAAAAGUAAAAACAAAUGCAUUGACUUUUAGCACCUUAAAUAUACAAAUGGAUACAUGUAAUUAUAAAAUAGUUAUAUGGUGGGAACGUUCGUGAUUGGUCAACGAUGCUACUGAUAAAAAAACCCAACCAAAAUAAUUAAUGUCUCCUCAUCAUCGAUAAUAAUGAGAGAAACUGUUGUCAUUCUUGCUGCAGAAAAACACUGUUCUAUAAUGUUUAGUUUUAAAGCUAUUUCUAGUAGGGAAAUAGUACCGCGAUUAGAUGAAGGGCUUUAUAGCUCUUUCAGACUUUCACAACUUCCGGCCAUUAAGCUCACUCAUGUAUAAAGGUAAUUUUCAUACAUCAGCCUGAGUCUCACCACCUGCAAAUGUUUGAGAAAACUACAUUACUAGAGCAUAAACAGAUUACUUAGUAAAGACCCCGCGUCCGAAAAUUGAGGACAAUUUUAUUUGGGUGGCUGAAAGUGAAAGAUUACUGAGAGAAAAAAUAGUAUGGUGAAGAAUAUUUUGAGUUCCUUCUUCAUCGCUGUUUUUACAACAUGGAAUGUUAGUCAACAUCUUGUCAACACUCAAUAUUUGACAGAAAGAAGUAAAGGAAUUCCUGGAAGAGGACUAAACCAUUCCUACGUAUUAUAUAACAGCACAGUGCAAGACGUGGAAGAAUGUUUUAUGGAUUGUUUUCAGCAUUGUCUUUGCAUGUCAUUUCAAAUGUGCAAUGACGACAAAUGUCAGUUGCUAUCAAUCAACCAACACAUCACUCCACUAGAUGACACGAUGACGCACUGCACAUAUUAUGACAUCAGUGUAAUUGUCUCAAAAGAGGUUGAUAAAAGCAUCCCACCACCACCACCAUGCCAAAAAUUUUGUCUUGUAAACCCAUGUCAAAAUGGCGGACGUCAUGUUUCUUUCAUUCCUACGACAAAAACCUCACCUCGUUUUAUAUGUGAAUGUGCAUCAGGAUACGUAGGAAAUCUUUGUCAAAACAUUGCUAGAUCAUGUCGUGACUACGCCAAAGGAACUCGAAAACCUGGAAUGUAUAAAAUAUUCAAUAAACAGUGGCCAAUAAACGUGUUCUGUGAUUUUGACAAUGAUACUAGUAUGGCGUGGACACUAAUCCAAUCUUACUCUUAUCAACACAACUCGGUCUUUAAGAAGCUUCCAUUUUCUACCGACAAUCGUUUUAAUAUGCACCAUUUCAAAUGGACAGAAUACCGCCAUUCCAAAGCAUUAAUGACCUCCAUUAAAGAAGAAUCCACCAAAUUUCGUAUGACUUGUGACUAUGACAAAGAUGGUGUUGUGUAUCGUGACUAUCUACAAGCAAGUACUAAACAAUUCGAUAUUUUCCAUUCCAUUUCAGGUCAGUGUAAGUUCGUGGAUUUUGUUGAUGUUCGUGGACAAAAUUGUAGAAAAUGUACGGUGAAGUUUUGGCAGGUUGAUAAUGUAGCUUUUCACGUGGACUCUUAUCACAAAAGCUGUGACUUUGUUGCAACUGGAGGCCUACCUUGUGAAAAUAAUAUAGGAGAAGACAGUUUUGGCUUUUAUACAUGCGUUAACAGUAAUCACAGAUGUACUUCAUCGUCAACUUCUACGUCCCAAGCUUGGUUCGGAGGGGAGUGAUCUAAGACACUACUAAAUAGUCAAUCGCACUAAUUCUUUUCACAAACAAGCAUUCAGUUCAUAUCUCACAAAAAACUAAAAAAAUAGACAUUAAUUAGUCAACAGUUAUUUAUUACAGAUCAAGGGUUUUAAGAUUUUUACAGCAUGUCAUGAAUGUUUUGUAAAAAGAUUGUCAUUGAUCAUGGAAAAGCUUGAUUUCAUUGAUAUAGAAAAUAUUUAUAAAGAUCUCAUUAACUUUUUGUUUAACUGCUUCACCUUUACAAUGUCUUAAUCCUUUUAUGUCUUCCAUGAAUGAAAAUUAAAAGGGCAAAGAGCAGAUAAAUGCUAAAUAUUGUGUCUAUAUAUAAUUGAAAGAUAGGAAAUGAUGAUGUAUUCAUUAUACAUGUAGCAGGAUUAUUAAAAGACUCCGCAACUACAGUUAUUA